GCCUUAGCAAGGACUUGAUGUAAGAGUCGUUUACUCGGCAAAAGGACAGGGAAGAGGAACGAUGCUGCUUGGUUUCGUUAAAUUGCACUAUACUCUACAUCAGCACGUUAUAAAGGCGUGAGUUUGGGCACCAAGAUUAGCAUGGGGACCGCGCGGGAGACUCGUGUUCGCUGGCUGUGUGCUGUCCUCGUCCUGGUCUGCCUGACACCAUCAAUAACAGGUGUUGUGGACGUCACCAUUGUCAGCAAGUACCAGUUCUUUGCUGAGUCCGCGGACACCUGGCUGUACUGUUACUACACGGGCAGUCUCGUCAACCAGAACGGGUACCGGUUCGGUGUCGAGGUCGACACUGGCUCGGGAACAGCUUUUACACCACAGAGAGCCUCCGGUGCUUUCAUAAGAGGCACGAGUUCGAGGAUCUUGGAUACCGCUGGUGAUUUCCGGGUCGGAGCAUUUUCCUGUCAAAUACGCGACGGAAAUCAAACAGGAAAGGCUAUCACCUUCAAAAUGAAAUCGCAGGCCGAUGUCUGGCCAGUGGCUUUCACAGUAACCGCCAGCCUAGGAGACCCCGUGACGCUACAGAUGGUGCAGAAGUCCAAUAGGACCGGUACCCUGGAGUGGAGGAAGGGCGGGGUCGGGGGAACUGUCCUGACUGGACAGAACGGACUCAACCUGACUAUCACAAGUGUCCAGUCUUCAGAUGAGGGGAUCUAUGAGUGCUACUAUCAGGAGGACACUGAUAGAAAACAGGGCAUCAUGAGGCUCAUUGUCAGAGAUUGUGCUGAGAACAAGUGGGGUCCACCCUCCUGUACCGAUGACUGUCCCGUGUGCUACAACGGCGGUGUGUGUGACGACAACACGGGGGAAUGUGUCUGUCCUCCGGGGUUCCAUGGGCACAACUGUGAAAGUGCCUGUUCGUAUGGCAUGAUCGGUACAAGCUGCACAAAAGCGUGUGCCAGUGGAGACUGUACGGGUCAGCUGCUGUGUGUGACGGAUCCGUAUGGCUGCUCCUGUCCGCCUGGACUCAUGGGCAUAGAGUGUAAUACUGGUAAGACUAAUGGCACAUAUUACUGA